AUGGCACCGAAGUCAUCUGCUGGUUCUACAGUCGUGAAGAAGUGGAGAGAGCAUCCCCCUUCUUCGUAUUCUCUCAAGAUUCACAGCUUUUCCCAACUUGAGAAGUCUAUUGCCUUCUCUGAUCAAAAAUACCAAUCUCGUUUUUUCUCUUCCGGUGGAUAUAACUGGAGAUUGAUUGUAUACCCAAAAGGAAACGAAAAGGACAAUGGGAGUGGAUUUAUUUCCAUGUACGUGGAAAUAGACAGCAAUAACUUGAAUGAGGUUUUUGCCGAACUCCGUUUCUAUAUCUACAACAAAAAAGAAAACAAAUACUUUACUACUAUUCAAGAUUCAGAUGUAGGAGUAAAUAGGUUCAAUGCACUUAAAACGGUGUGGGGGUUGCAGCAAGUUCUUCCAUAUGGUACAUUCAAUAACCCUAGAAAUGGUUACAUCUUCGAGGGAGAUCAAUGUGAGUUCGGUGUUGAUGUCAUUGUUGUUCCACCACUUACCAAUUGGGAAAUCCUCUCUUUUAAUGAGAAACUCCACACGCCCAAGUUCUCUUGGACUGUUGAGAACUUUUCUCAGUUGACAGAGAAUACAUACACAUCAAACAGUUUCUUAAUGGGAGAAAAGGAAUGGGUCCUGAGUCUGUAUCCAAAGGGUAACUCUAGAACAGGUGGCAAAUGGUUAUCCCUUUAUCUGCAAUUAGCUGAUAGUGAUACACUAAAAGCAGAUGAGAAGAUUUUCACGCAAGCAAAUCUGCGAGUUCUAGACCCACUUGGAUCUAAUCACAUUGAACGCAAAUUGAACCAUUGGCACAAGGAAGAAAACUUGGGUUGGGGUUGGUAUAGGUUUUUGUCUUUAGAUGAACUUCGGAAGUCUUACUUGGACAAGGAAGACGCGUUGAAUGUUGAGAUUCAAUUUGAAGUUGUUUCUGCUACCAUUUAUUCUCCCAUUAUAUAA